ACCUGCCGCCCCGGCCAGUUUGGCAUUGCCCCUGCGGUUCCUGGAUGCGGCUGUUGCUGUUCCCGCCCCGGCUAAGACCUGCCGAACUCGCUGCAUCCCAGGUGCCACGUGGGGACAGCUCCGCAGGGAUGCCCGGAUGCCCCUUCCAGCCCUGUCCCUGCUCCUGCCACCAGCAGUACCUCCCCAGCCACCCUACUGCCAUGCCAGAGGCCACGCGGCCUCCCCCAGCUGCUGGCACCCGGGCGGUUUGGUGCCUGGUGCUGUUGGCCCUGGCAGGGGACACGGCGUGGCAGCCGUGCCGCAUUGAUGCCGACAACCGGACGGGGCUGUGCAAGGGGCAGGACCUGGUGCGGGUGCCCCGUGGCCUCCCCAGCGGCCUCCGCAGCCUUGACCUCUCAUAUAACAAGCUACAGGAGAUCACGGCGGGCGACUUCGCCAGCAUGACCCAGCUACGGCACUUGGAUUUGGGCUACAACAACAUCUCCCGCAUUUCGCCGAAUGCUUUCCUCUCCAACCCCCUCUUGGAGCACCUCCGGCUCUUCAACAACUCUCUCAACUGCAUCCCGGCGCUGGCGUUGCAACCGUUGGUCAACCUCCGUUGGUUGGACAUGUCCAACAACCUCUACCGCAGCGUGGCGUUGGAUGGCAUCUUCGGCAAGCUGCAGCAGCUGCGGGAGCUGUCACUGGGUGGGCCGCUGCUGCGGGACAUCUCCCAGGGGGACUUUGCCAUCUUGAAGGACACAGCGCUGCAGAAGUUCGCCAUCAAGUCGGCCUCCAGCCUGCGACGGUACGAAGCCGGGGCUUUCUCGUGGCUCAACACCACGGAACUGUGGUGCGACAUGGCCUUGGACGAGAGCGCAGCGGCUCUGCCGGUGAUGUUGCAGGACCUGCGGGGCAAACCCCUCAACUACCUGCGUUUCCGUAACCUCUUUGAGUUCACCUACUACACUGGUGACGCUGAUCCCUUUGACGGCUUGGCGGAGUUGCAGAUCACAAAGUUGGUCUUCUACCGGGGCAAGUUCAAUGAGAACCUCCUCCGCUUGGCCCUGCUCAACGUCCAACGUUCCCACGUCCGUGACUUGGCACUGGUGGCCAUUGACUUCGCCCGCUCACCGUGGCAGAACAGCUCCGGCAUGGAGGCGCCCGCCCCACGGCUCGACCGCCUCUUGCUGCAAGACAUCAGCAACCCUGAUGUCCUGCGUUUCGACUGGACCUUCACUUGGUUCAGUGGCGUGGCCGCCCUCUCCAUCAUCAAUGUUAACUUCAACUAUGUCCCCUGCGAUGCUUGGGGCGAGAUGCGUAACGUGGAGGCCUUGGACAUCUCUGGCAACCGCCUGGAAGACAGUUAUAUCUAUAACCAACGCUGCCACUAUGAGGGUGUCAUGCCCAAGCUGGAGAUCUUUGUCUUGGCCACCAACCAGCUCCUGAGCCUGGCUGUGGUGGCCGCCUUGACGCGGACCUGGCCCCAGCUCACCCGCCUAGAUGCCAGCCACAAUGGCUUGGGCAGCCUGCAGGAGACGUGCCAAUGGAGUCCUACCUUGCGUUGGCUGGCCCUCCACCACAACCGGGUGACGGCAGGCACCUUUGGGUGCCUGCCCACCACCCUUGAGUACCUGGACCUCUCCUACUCACAGCUUGACCGCUUGGACAUGGACUACUUCACCCGAAGCCCCUGGCUGCAGGAGCUGCGGUUGAGUGGCAAUAAGAUCAAGUUCAUCCCCUCUGAGUGGAGAUGCCCCCGUUUGGAGGUGCUGGCCAUCGACGACAACUCCUUUGGCGUCAUCAACCAUGGCUCUUUCAUCAAUAUGCCGCGGCUCAUUAGCCUGGCAGCUGGCAACAACCCCUACCACUGCACCUGUGACCUCUACCUCUUCUUGGAGGAGACAUGGCGACGGGGACGACCCACCUUGACCGACUGGCCCCACAACUGGACCUGCUACCAUCCCGAGCCACUGCUGGAUACAGCUGUGGCCGCUUACGCCCCGCGUCCCUUGGAAUGCAAUGUGCCGGCGCUGGUGGCCGUGGCGGUGGCCAGCACGGUGGUGGCAGUGGUGGCAUGUGCCGUGCUCUGCUGGAAGCUGGAUGCCGGUUGGUACCUGCAAGCCACGUACCAGUUGGUGCGUGCCAAGUAUGGCAGGCGGCGGACAGGUUCCACACAGCGAUGCUCCUACCAUGCCUUCAUCUCCUACAGCUGUGCCGAUGCCAGCUGGGUUUGCCGGGAGCUUCUGCACCGGCUGGAGAGCACCACACCACCAUACAGGCUCUGUAUCCAUGAGCGGGACUUCAUGCCAGGCCGUUGGAUCAUCGAUAACAUCGUGGAGAACAUCGAGAGGAGCGCCAAGGUCAUCUUCGUCCUCUCCCGCAGCUUCGUCGACAGUGAGUGGUGCAACUAUGAGCUCUACUUUGCCCACCAACGUGCUGUGGGGCUGGGCAGCGAGGACAUCAUCUUGGUGGUGAAGGAACCCAUCAAUGCUCAGGGUUUGCCCCGGCAUUUCUCCCGGCUCCGGAAGAUGUUGGGCACCAAGACCUACCUGGAGUGGCCCCAUGAACCUGGGAGACGACCCUUCUUCUGGCUUCAGCUUCGUAGCCUCUUGGGCAGCCCUGGGGGACUCGGUCCUGCUGCCGGUGAGGAAGAGACAGCCGUGGAUGCCACCACGUAGUGGUGGCCUCUCUUGCCUUGUGUCCUUCAGUAGCUGGAAGGUGGUCUUGGGGUGCUACUGCGUGCUGGGGAUCCCACCUGCCUCGGUUUCCCCUGCCAGGGGCGUCUUGAGGAGCUGGGGUUUGGAUGGGGGGGAUCCUCACCAAGGUCACCCCAUCUUCUCAGCCUUCUCCAAGGGACAGGAGAUGGGGACAGUGUCCAGGAGGUGGCACUGUCACCCGGAGGACGUGUCAACCCUAAAUCCACCGAGAACCAAGGAUAGCAGCGGGCACCCCAAAACUCCCUAUCCCUACACCCCCAGCCUGAAGUCAAGGUCCCCGGGGAGAAGAGCCAGGUGUCCCGGCCACGGUUGUGGGGUUCAAGCCUUCCUGGGGUUGGCGACACCGUGGGACACGCUUCCCACCCUGUGCAGGGACUGCUUUGCCAGGAAAAGGGGAAAAUCCCCUUCAGCAGCGCCCCGAGCAUGCCAGUGUCCCCCCAAACCCCACAUCCCCUUGCCCCCUUCUUCCCU